AUGCAGCUCUCGUAUGCCCUUCUCUUGGUCGCCGCUGCCAGCUCUGUCCUCGCUAGACGUCUUGUAAUCACACCCGUCAAGUUGUUCUCGGGCAACGACGUGUAUAUCUACUCCAAUGAUGGAACCGAGCACGCAAUCAAGGACUUUGUGCCUAUUGACGGCUGCAAGUAUAACCGGGGGGCGAUCGGGGAGUGCUGUCAAGACUGGGACUGGAAAGGACACGAGGUUCAUUUACGGCGAGGCCGGGUGCUCCUGGUAGAUAGUACCUUGCGAACCAUGGCGAUGCUGUCGACGGUGGUGCUUCUUGGCUGCGCUGUUGCCAACGUCGCUAUCCGGUGCUUCAUCAGGGCGCCAGACUUCCUCGGCAACGUCACUGGGAUGACGAGGGACUCGCCAUAUAUUCAAGUCGAUUCACCGGGUGGGAGUGGCCUAGGCUGGGAUACCGUAAGACAUUAUGUCGACGCGAAGCUCGAAAGUCACAAAGAAAUCGAGGCUGAGUCGGACGGCCAUCAGCUGCGACCGCUGCAAGUCGAGGAAGACAAAGUGCAACAAACCUGCAUCGAUGAGGUCUGCUCCGUAGACAUGGAGAAACGGCGGCAAAAGCCCUUCUACUUUGUCUCCGAAGAGGAAUAUCGUCUCUUACGUGAGCUUUGCAGUAAAUGCUUCCCAGAUGAGGAAUUGACGAUACCGAAUCUACGACGAUUGAUUGACGAAAACCAAAAGCCAACGUUCAAGACACAGACUGAUAUCGCAACGCCGACAAUGUCCCUGAUUGAAGUAUCGGCAGAUGCACCCCUCAUAGGCUGUGGAGAUGAACCAAUCGAUCAAGGGCAGGCUUCACUGGAUGCUGUAGAGGAGACUCAAGCUCAAGAAGAAGAAAUAUUAUUGCCAGAGAUUGUCAAUCUGCACCAAGACCUGGGCUGUCUGCUUGCCGACAGUCACGGGGAGUAUCGCUACAUGGGAGCAGAGUCAGGCUUUCCGUCGCAGGAUCUACUAUCUGCUUGCGCAGCUUGCUUCUUUGAGCAGGUUCAUUGUUUGUACUGGAUAUACUCUGCCGAAUCGUUUUACACCCGGCUUGAGACGACGUACUCUGGAGAUACCGGACAGCUCACCGCUUCCUGGCUUUGCUCACUUCAUGGAAUAGUAGCGUUAUGCGCCUCGUGUGAGCCGUCGCCUAACGGUUUAGUCAAUGGACAGCGGGCGCAUGACUCACUGGAGAUGGCCAAGUCUCUCGUGACGAGGGUUUGUGAUGAGGCAGAUCUGGACAGUAUCAGGGCAUUGAUAGUGUUGUCUCUGGCAUUCCAGUCUAAUGGCUUCACUAACUCUGCAUACCUUCACAUUGGUCUCGCAGUCCGAAUCGCCUUCUCUCUCGGCCUUCAUCUCGACAAAUACUCCACCAAGAGCGGAGUAGUAAGUCAAGCACAUGCUCGCCGCCUUUGGUGGACGUUGUAUCUCGUUGAUCAAGACCUCUCUCUUGCUUUGGGAAAGCCCAGCAUGAAUAGUCCACCCAACGAGACCUCUUGGAACCCGCCAUUACCUUCAGAAUUCGUUGUCAGCCCAGGCUCACACACGCCGAACGGAUAUCUCGAGCAGUGUAUACGUCUGGCUCAGAUAACACAGAGUAUACGGCAGAACCUCUAUGACGGACCUCUUCACGGUGGACAAAAGCUAUCGAGGGCUCAUUUCAACGAUUCUAUUAGUGCGCUGCAAGACUGGCUAGAUCAUGUAUCGCCUCAUCUCCACUUAUCACCUUCGGUAUCAUUAUCCUACAGGCGGUCCAUAUCUCUCCUACACCUUCGAUACUGGAGUACUAUGAUGCUAGUCACCAAGCCCUUCCUUCUAUGCAAUCUGUUACAAGGCAUCGAGCAUGUUGAGGCUGUCAAGCAGCCAAUGUUCGCUACACUUGCCAAAACCUGUGUCUCUGCCGCCGAGUCAUCAUUCGAGAUCCUGGAAAGCAUGGUCUUAUAUAAAGUUGCCUCUAGUCUGGUGAUGGCCGAUUAUUUGUUCGCUUUGCAAGCACUUCAAGUCAUCGUUGCUGCUUGCGGGCUAUAUCACAUGGAUGGACACCAAGCCCGAGCAAAGCAGUGUCUACGAAUCCUCCUCGCUAUCAGUGUAUCUGGCUACCCAAAGCAUCUCAUUCCGGAAACACUAUUCCAGUUACAGCAGUGUGGGCUUGCCGAAGGCGUCGAGGAAACAUUAAGUAUUCCACUACAAGCCUCCGAACCUCUAGGAUAUCCCCAGAUGGUGACCGAACCUCUGCAACGGAUUUCCCUCGAUCAAAGCACGGAUCAACUAGCGAUGACGUGGUUGAACGAGCUCGACAUGGCAGAUAUCGUUAUUGACAAUGGAUUUCUGGAUAAUCUGAUGGACAUCUCUUCGAUCUUCCCCUUUGGAUCAUCAUGA